CCCAAAGGAGACCACUCGGAGAUCCACAACCACAAGCAACGACGCCAUGUCUAGAGGUAUAGCUCGUGGCCGUCUGGCGGAGGAGCACAAGGCCUGGCAGAAGAACCACCCUCACGGUUUUGUUGCGAAGCCGGAGACUUUACCAGAUGGGACGGUUAAUUUGAUGGUUUGGCAUUGCACAAUUCCUAGCAAGACCGGUACUGACUGGGAUGGGGGUUUCUUUCCACUUACACUUCACUUCAGUGAAGACUACCCUAGCAAGCCUCCAAAAUGUAAAUUCCCGCCAGGUUUCUUCCAUCCCAAUGUAUAUCCAUCUGGAACUGUCUGUCUGUCAAUUCUUAAUGAGGACAGUGGUUUGAGACCAGUAAUAACUGUGAAGCAAAUUCUCGUGGGAAUUCAGGAUUUGAUGGACCAGCCAAAUCCUGCUGAUCCUGCACAGACAGAAGGGUAUCACCUAUUCAUUCAAGAUGCCACAGAGUAUAAGAAGAGGGUUCGGCAGCAGUCGAAGCAAUACCCACCUCUUGUCUAAUGCAAAAUUAGCCUUCUAGUCCAAGAAAGUUCUGGUACUUUGGUAAAUGUUGGUUGCUGCCUUUUGUUUAAUGUUAAAACUGCUUAUGUCAAAAGUUGUUUGGAAGUUAUAAGCAGUUUUAGGUAGCAACACACAAGGUUGAAUUUAUUUUCUGCCAUCAUUUGGAUUAACUUAUGUUAAUGAAUGACACUAGUACGAGUGGUCUGG